UGUCAGCCUUGCUAUCCUUAGUGGUAUAUAUUCAAAGUUAUAAUCCAAUCAAUGGGAAAAUAAGUAGAAUUCACGUGAAAUCUCAAUUAUAUAACUGAAGUAACCAUGAAUUAAAUGUACUUGAAGUAACAUCAGCUCAGUCUCGGGAGCUCCAGCACAACACUUCUCCCGGUAUUUUGCUUAGCAAGGGAGUCAUAGCAUUUGGGAACUGUUCCAUGCUCUACAUUGUCACUUAGGAUCACCCCCUCCUUCCCCCACCCCCAAACACACACACACUAGAAAAACUUUUGUGGGAUUCCCUGACAGCUGACUUUCUCCUGGCUGUCUCACCCACUCCAGAAUUUAAUCUUGUACUGGCCUGAUGAGCAUGUACAGUGUGCUCCAAAUUCAGAGUUGGUCUGAGACAGUUCAGCUCCUGUAGGUUUAAGUGCAGUUGCACUUGUUUUGCUAGGUUUGGAUCUGGCCAUGUGUAUAUCAGCAGACUUUUGAUAGAAGUAGAUUUUUGCCCUGUGGCUGUCUCUUGCUGCAUCUUGUAGACCCAGUGCAGAAGCUGUACAGUGAUUCUGUCUGAGAACUUAGACGGCUUGUGUCAGACAGCUGUGGGCAAGGUCAGUGUAAAGUAGAAUUUUGAAGUGGACAAAGCCACAAACAUUUUUUUAAAAUGAAAAUUGUGCAUUUUUUAACUUGUAAAACAAUAGUAAGGGAUUUCUCUUAAGAUGAGCUGGUGCUCAGCUGGUACCCUGAAACUUGCAUCUUAAUAGCCUUUGUGGCUUGAAUCUGUGUCUAUCAGGCUGAAAUAUCUUACCCUGAGAUGGGUUGGAGGCUGUCACUUGUGAGUCUCUCAGUAGAGGAGAACUCUGAGCAAACAAGCCCUUUGGUCUAUUCCCAGACCGUGGUCUCCAGUGCUGCUGCAGAUUGAGAGUCAUUGUGCUGUAUCUAGCUCAUGAGUAUUGCACAUUGACCCUGUGGACCAACAGAAAGGUCUGGCUGUGCGUUGAACUUGGUUUUGAAGACCCGUGGGCAUCAAAUUUCCAUGGAAUAGAUGUGGCCAGCCUUAGCCGUUUGGUACUGUCGGUAUCCGAGAAGGUAAAAAGGAGAAGUUGCCAGUAGUUGUUAUGGCCCAGUGGGGAUGGGCUAUUGCAGGAUUAUUCCCUAUGUUCUCUAAUCCAGUCCAGUUUUUGUCUCAAGGUCUGAGGCUUUCAUUACUUCCCUUGGGAGAUACCUUCCUGAUGCUCCUGCAGAAUAUGAAAUAUUUUAAGACCCAAGCACUGAGUUUUUUGGGAGGAGUUGGACCAGAAUGUGAAUCUUUUUGAGGUGAACUCUCUAAACUGUAUGCAGAAUGGAAGAGCUGGUGCUCCCAGUAAUCAAGGGAAGCUUCCCAGUAGAGAGAGAGAGCUGAUCAGUCUAAACCUACCUUCCCUCAGUUUCUUCCCAUUCCUUCCAGUCUAAGCAAUUCUGACCCCCUGGAUGUUUCAAGCCCUAAGAGAAAUGUCUGCCAAUCCCAGUGAAGAUUCAAGCCAGACUGGCCGCCGUUCUCCACAACCAUUCUUUAAAAACAUCUUAAGUCAAGGACAAGCAUCCCUACAAAUAAGGUAAACAGCUUUAAUUUUAUAACAUUUCCAAGCACUAGAUGCGAUGCCAAAAAUAGAACAUAAAAACUCCUUUGAAUCGGCCCUCCCUCCUUAAUAGCACAUUGGCCUCUGAAUUUUUCUCAGGGGAGGUGUGUUGUGCAUUGUCAACCCAAGGUCACUUUGUUUGAACGGGAGAUGCAGUCCUCCCCUUACAUAAGUGUUUCGAGGGAUGCACUCGAGUAACUAGCCUCGGAGUUUAGAGCUGCUCGGAGCUGGAACAUGAGGCCCGUGCUUGCAAUGGCUUUGCGGUGCCUGCUGCUGCUCCUCCCCUCAACUGCUCUGCUUAGAAAAGGAGGCGUUGGGGGAGGACUUUCACUUGCUGAAGAACUGGAAAUAACCUUUUCAAAGGAGUCAGGACUUGGAGAGGAGCGAAGAGAAAAGGAAGAUGGAAGCAUAUAUGAAGGAGCAGAACCCAACUUAAUGCCAUUGACGUCCAAGGCCACCACUGCUACUCAUCUCCUCUUGAAGAGUGACAAGCCAGAUGAUGCCAAAAGAGCAAAAUGCCCUCAGCUCAUCCCUGAGGAGGCAGUUUUCCCAGUUCUGGGGUCAGAUUCCAGCCUCCCCCCUUGGCCUGUAGGUGGGCUGGAAGGGCCAGUGUGCAGAGUGAAAAUGGGCAGGAGGUACGGCCUGGGCCAGAGCCACUUGGAAGUUGUGGGGGUCCUUACCAGCUAUGAAAGUGAUUUCCUCAAGGUAGUGAGACGUUCAAGCUGGGAUCAAGGCCAGCUAGAGACCUUUGGAAUCUGUCCUGCUGGGGAGACCCAUCCUGCUCUCCUGUCUCUGAAACACAUCAGUGCUCACUUGGCCGACCCAAGGGAGAACAGGUUCCUUGUGCUGCAUCUUGAAGAAGUGAAGUGGUAUACCGAGACACAGCUCAGGUUUAAGCUGGCUUUUCAAGAGGACGUGGGGCGGUCACUUGGAGAGCUCCAGUCUGCCUUGCUGGUGUUUUAUCCUGGAAGCAAGGAAAGGAAGGGCAGCAAAGCAAGAGAGAAGCUCCUGGCCGCAGGAGAAGGGCUGCACCAGAAGCAGGCUCUCUGCCUCUCCAGGGACACCCAGUACCUGCUGCUUGGGGCCUCAGUGAUGUCUGCCAUCCGCUCACACCGGCAACUCAGCUUCGACAUUUCCUUGGCAAUCAGGCGUCCCGGUGACGGAGGCUCCCUCCUGCCCCCCCUGGAGGCCCAACAACUGCUCUUCGGCGCUGACGAGAAGUGUUUCACCAGGAUGACCCCAGCCUUGCUCUUGUUGGUGAAGCCGCGGUGCGAGGAAGACGCCCCGUCCCCCUCUUCCUUCCUCUCAGUGGGCGGUGUGGUGGAGACGGUCCCUUACCCACAACCCAGCUCGCGCUCUGGUGGCAAGGCCGAGGAGCCAGCCUCUAAUGCAGCUGCUGGCCAGGCCAAUGCUUCGUCCCCAGCGCCCGGCAGCCGCGACCAGUUCCUGGGCAGCCUGACCAGGUUCGUCAGCAGGGUCCUGAGCCCCUCGGGGGAGCCGCCUACUGCCUCCGGCCUCCACCACAAGCUGGACUUCAAGACGAUGGAGACGCUUCCUCACCAGCUGCUCAACCUGUCGGAGCAGGCAGCCCUGGAGCGGCUGGUGCAGUCGGACGAGCCCCUGGUGCUCCUGUUCCCCCAGAACAGCCAGGCGCUGCUGGAGCAGCAGUUCGGGCACUGGCAGCUGGAGGGGAGCCUGCUACAGCAGCUGCUGGAGAAGCUCCAGGCUGUCAUCCAGGAGCUGAGGGAAAUCCCAGCCUUUCAAGCCAACACGGACCUCUUCCAGCACCUCUUGGCCUUCUGCUAUUACCCCCUGGGCUCGGGCAGCAGUGACCCCACAGAGCUGCCCCAUGGCCACCGGAAGCUGCGCACGCUGCUGCUGCUCAAAGCCCUGCAGACGGUGCGCGCCCACUGGCAGGAGAAGAGGAAGGUGUCCCGGCAGAACCGCAGCGCUGGGCCCCAGGCCUACUGCCGGCUGCAGGAGCUGACGGUCGACCUCCACUACGAUUUCAUCAUCGUCCCUGCGGAAUACAUUGCCAACAACUGCGAGGGCUCCUGCCAGCGCCCGCUCUCUGCCCGCAUCCCCCACUACUCCUCCCACACGGUGCUGCUGCUGGACAUGCAGGAACGGGGCACGCCUCUCCGGCGCAGCCCCUGCUGUGUGCCAGUCAAAUACUCCAGCAAGGAGAUCAUCCGCUUCACCGGGGAGGGCAUGCAGGUCACGACGUACCCCAACAUGGUGGCAGUGGAGUGCGGCUGUCGGUAGAGACGUCCGGCCUGUCCCAUCUCUCCCUGGCGUCCUUUGGCCUUCAGAGCUCGGAGGGAGGCAACUGAGCUGAGGCCAUGGCCUGGGCCUUUCCCCUGCAAUACUGGCUCAUUGUUUCCCUCUGGCCCUGGUAGGUUUAUGGGCCCAUCAUGCUCCAGGAAGCUGAUGGCAGCCCCAGGUGCGUCUACCCCCCCAAUGGCAGCAGAGUGCUGGGGCGGUGCAAGUGAUGUGUUCCUGGAGCUUAGAGGGCAGCAAUAGGCCAAAUCUGACCCCUACCCCCUCCAUCUUUGUUAGAGGUGGGAUGUGGAGAGGCCAUGAUGGGCAACAGAACCCCAGCCCCUUCCUGCCUGAUUCUUGUAUGUGCAGUUAUUUCUCAAUAUCGUCUGGUUUCAUUCCUCACCAUUUCGUGAGGAGGGUGAGGGGCGUCCUGGGGGAAAAUCUGUAAUGGGGGGGAGGGGGCAGUCUGCCUGCAUACAGGAGAUUGAUGCCAAUGUGCUAGUGCCACUGAUGAAUGCCAUGGGCUAGGUCAGGUGCUGGGCUUUGCACACAGGCCACUUCAAAUCCUGUGCUGAGAGCCAGCGCUGGGAAUGGGGGCGGGGGGGUGUCUUGGCCUGGCAUAGCAGGGGCCGUGUAGCGCAGGCCAGAGGCCUGUGGAAGGCAGGGAGAUCAGGCUGGUGGGGCAUGGGGUGCUGCGAAGCAGGUGUGUGGUGCAUUGGGGGGGGCUGGCAGAGCAGGGGGGGCUGCAGGGCUGAGGGCAUGGCAGGGCUGGGGAUCAGGCUGCUGUGGCAGGGGUGCUGCAGGCCAGCCAUGAGGGGCAUGGCAUUGCUGUGGCCGAAGCUUGCCUAGCCUCUCAGUUCAACUCCAAAUCCACCCCAAUCUGUGUGCGGUUGAAGAAAGGAAGAAGGGGCAGGAGGGUGCAGUCUGCCCCAGGGGUCAUGACUGCCCUCCUCUGGCAGGGUUCUGUAGGGGCAGCUUACUCAGCCUCACGUGGAGGGAGUGCGCUGUGGCUCUUUAGAGCAGUGAUUCUCAGCCCGCCAGCCACUUGCAGCCCAUUCAGCACCGGGCUGCAGCUCAUGGGACAUCCUCAGGGCCAUACAGGUAGCGUAUAUCUUGUGUGGCUGCAGCCCAUAGAACCCCCAGAGAGCUGCAUGUGCCGCUCACAAGGGGAAAUUGGUUGAGAAUCAGUGCUUUGGCGCAAUGCUUUGGGCAGGCGGCUCCUCGAGAGCAAAGCGAGAGAAGGGAAGAUCUGCUGCUCACCAGGGCUUUGGGGACUCUCCCCCACUUAUCACAGCUGGCUAAUCUCAAUGCUGCUGUGCACACCCCUUCCCCUCCCCAGCCCAACCAGCUCACAGUCUGCCCCGUGCAGAAUCCCCAAGUGACCCAGAGCUUGUGCAGCUCCAUGGAAGCUGACGGGGAGCUGUGGUUACAGGCCUCUGCCAUGCACCUAGUGCUCUGCUGUUUCUGUUUGCUGUGGGAGGGGCGCACCCCUUGCUAUUCCAGUGCUGGGCCCCUCUUGCAGCUCUGCUGAUGCAUCUCAGUCCCCCUCCCUUGCCGCAGGCCCUGGCUAUUCACAAAGCCCUGCCAGGGCCUCUAAGCCUGACGUGCAGCACCUCUGCUGUAGCAAUCUAGCAUGAAUCUUGGGGUGCCGUUGCCACCUCAUGCCACAGAACGGUAACUCCAACCCGAGGGAAGACGCUGGCAAAGUCCCACGGCCCGUGACUCCCAGGGGAGCAGGUCUGGGCUCAUCGUGUCAGGUUGAGGUUGGCAUCUUUCAUUUUUAAUCAUUCAGUUGUGACUGAACUGCUGCAGUUUUGUCUCCUGGGGAGUGGGGCUGUUUCCAUCCAGUGCGAAGAUUCACCCAAACGUAUAAAAAUCUUGACCCAGAUUUGUUUUUGAAACCAUUCAGUUUUAUACAUUAUUAAAAAGGACAUUUUUGCUAACUCAGUAGAGGUCAGAAUAAACUAUUUACCUCAGCUAUUUGGGGCUGCAAUGCUUCUUCUGUUCUUACUAAAGCACUGAAAAGUAGCGCACUUUGCUUGUGUUUCUAUACAUUCAAACUGCCACUGAAAGGGGACGCACAGGAAAAUAGGGGGUUGUGCCUUUUUUGCUCCUUAGAAGGAAAACUAGAAGAUUCCCCCCACCCCAGCAUCUACCUGCUUGGCCUUGCCAUUAGACCUUCAGCUUUCCUUAGAAGUCUCUAUAGAUGAC